UUUCUUAAUAAGGUUUUACUGAAGCAUGUUCUUAGUGUGAUAUUAUGGACCCCAAAGGAGAUUGGUAUAGAUUUAUAAGUGUAUGGGGUCCACACUUGAUUAAUUAGUAUGUGGUUUGUAAAAGUGAUUUGCAACUUGAUACAUGGUGUUGGUGAAGAUAGAGAGAGAAAUACCAAAUUGCCAUCAAAGCUUCCAAUUUCCUUCAACUUUUGUCCAACAAAUUUGUUCUCUGUUCAUCAGAGAUUGGAUUUCCUCUCCCCGUAGAGGUCCUUUGUCAAUCAAAGUUUGGAAUUCUUAACCAUGGUGGUGUGCACUGCGUGGUUUAUGAAGAUUGUGAUGACUUUCGUCUCCUCUCCAUUCCGACGACCCCGUGGGUUGUCUCUCCGGAGAGUUUUCUCGGUUUGCCUUCCUCUCUAUCCAUGGUUUUUUCUCCAUGGCUUUCCGUGGAGGGUCAACCAAUUGGUAGUACUGCACCUAUCCCAGUUGCAAGAUCUCUGGUUCAAAAAAGCAAUAUUUUGGUGUUUGGAUCCGUUGGUCAUCGCUCUACUCGACGAUGCUUCUCUGUUGGAGUUAUCGUUGAUGGCGACUCGUCGCCGCCGUCCUUGCAGUGCGAUUACAUGGUUAAACUAUGUCCUUGUUCAAGUCUCCAAGUGUGCAAUCAAAGUUUAUUUGUUUUGGUUGCUGGUCCGAGUCGAAGUUGCUGCUCUGUUGUGAAGGCUUCAAAGUUUAGGGAUUUGCCGGCGAAUUUAUUUCUUCCUCCUUCUCGGUUGCAGGCGACUUUGGUUCCUUCCCGAAACCCACGUCAUCUUAUUGUCUGUCAGAAUGAAACUCAAAAAUUAACAGUCACGAUGGUUCUGUACCAUCAGCGUAGUGGGUACAAUACUUUGGGUAUUUAUAUUGGUGCAGUGGGCCCUAUGGGGUGUCUUAUCUUGCCUCCACCAAAUCACUUAGGUGGUUCACAGGCAAUGGUUUAUCCGAUGACUAUGGAUUUUGUGGAUAUGGGUUUUGAUUUUCGUCAAACCCACUUUAUUAUCACUAUUGUGGGCAGCCUCUAUGUCCUGUCAUCCGAUUCAUGGUUUUAUAGGCUUUCUAUGCAUGUUGAUCUAGGUGUGUUCUAUGUUUUUGUGUGUAGUGUUGUUUGGUUGGGUUGUUCGUCGUAAAUGUAGUAUGGCUGUUUCUGAUUACGAGGGUAAAAAACAAAAAAAUUGCAACUUGACGCAACAAGUGGCCAAAUGUGCGUGGUAAUCAAGUUACCUCAUUUUACGUGUUCCCCGAGACUAGCUUUUUAUGUACACUCCAAGACUAUAUAUGGUGACUAUAUAUGAUGGUGUAUUCAAUGUGUAACUAGAAAACUAAACACUC